CGCACUCACGUUAGUUUUUCAUUCUUGGUAAACUACUCUAUCGAUAACCCUCAGUCAAAUACGUCUGCAAGCAUCACCAUAAGGGUUUUGAUUUCCGCUAUACAUCACAUCAGAGAUCCUGCCGCAUUGAAGCCAAUGUCUGACGUCGUUGUAUCAGCACUCGAAACUCAAACACAAUCAAAGGAAAGAAAUGGAAGCAUCUCAAUUGCAAUGCGUUUUGCUCAAGUCCUCUUGGGUGUUCGUAAAGCUACACGUGUUGAUGAUGGCUCAAGAAGAGCCAUCUUUAAGUUGCUCCUCAGCCUUAUAUCUAGCAAGUCACUCGAGGGUGUUAUCUUCAUCCAUUACUUGCAGCUGUUGGCCACCGCUCUCUGCGCAGGUAAACUUGAAGAUCUCUUGAGUCCAGGUAUACAAGUUUUGGAUAAGGUGUUUGCCCAUUCAGACAAAUGGAGUGUUUUAGGUUUCUGCAUGGCUUUGUCAGAACUACAGUGGAGCGGUAUAGAGCAAUUCGUUCUCCCACCUCUCUCCAAGACAUCAUUUGCAGACCAUCAAUAUGAGUUGUUCACUUUGUUGGCUACACUUGCUGAGCGUUCACAACUACCAAUAGCUUCAACAGUUGCACACCAGAGAUUCCAGUCUUUUUUCAGAUCCCUAAAUAAAGAACUUGAAAAAUGCGUCAAGGAGUCCGUCGACCGUAUCAUCAAUGGUUUUUCUGAAGAUAGCGAUAUUGAUUUAUUGUCUAACAUCGCAAUACUCGUUCACGCAAAUGUUGGCAUUGAAGCUAAACAAUAUUCCGAUGAUAUCUUUAGGCUUUUUGAUCAUCUUACGAGCAAUAUCGAGGAGACAGUCCAAGAUGAAUUCUCCAAAACCCCUUACAAUAAAGUCUGGUUGACUUCUAUAUCGAUAUCUAUCAUCUCAAAGCUCGGCAAAGAGGAUCUAGUUCGAGAACGCAUCAACAGUAUUGUAUUGAGAUAUUCCAACUACUCAAUCAUAGUUAAGGCGCUUUCACAAUUAUGUGAACAAGGAAAUAAACCGACGUUGUCUUCUGAAGCAGUUGAUAAGUUGAGGGUAAAUAUUUUGACGUACUCCACGGAAUUGAGAGUAUCAUCGCUCAAAUUGCUCAGUCAGCUUAGAGGUGACUUUGACAGCAUAUACGAGAAAUGUUAUGAAGUAGAAGGCGUCCCACUGACUGUUCAAUCAUCACGCGAUCGUAACAUGACGCUAAGAAGAGUUGGUCAACAUCUAUUGGCUGCGGAUGCCACUGAAGAGUCUAGGAAAGUUGGUGCUAUGUUUAUGCUUUCUCAAUUCAAGGUGAACUUCCGUCCAAUUUACGAACAGGCGUCUGAUUCACUUGGUGAAUUGAUGGGUGCACAUACCAAACUUCUUUGGCCAAUAUUUUUACCUGAACUUGAACAUGCGGCUGGCGCUACCCAAAGAAGCAACACAAGCACCCAGGCACCAUCAUGGAUGACUAGUGACGAUGUAUUCAAGAUUAGUGAUCAGGGUGUCAUGAUUUCAGCUGAUUACGUUACCGACGAUUCAACAUUCAGAUGUACAAAUCUAGACAAGUGGGUCAAGGGUCUGCAAAUUGCAUUCAAUGAUCUUAGCAAACCAGUGAAGAGAUCGGUAAACGCACAGAAGGCUCUAGAUAGAUUUGACAUCAACAACUACGAGGAACUCCUUCUUGAAACGCUCUCAAAAUGUAGUAACGUGGCUGAAAAGAACACCAAAACUCUCAACGUUCUCUUCAUGAAAUUCACUGACAGGGAGAAUGCAGACCUUGAUGAUGAUGAAGAAGGUAUUAAAGAACGCCAAUCAUUAAAGACCCUUAAAGGCAGAUUAGUCAGCUGGUUGAAGCUCUACGCAACUUUCAACAAUCCUAAGGCGAUGUAUAAGUCGACUGAAAUGUGGAAUCUCUUCUUAGACUUUUUAAGCAAGGGUGACAACAACAUUCAACUUAAAUCACUUGAAUGCAUUUUAACAUGGAAAGACGUCUCGAUAAACACUUACGAAGAAACUCUCAAGAACCUCCUUAAUGAGAGCAACUUUAGAGAUGAAUUGAUAAACUUUUCGCUCAAUAUUGAAUCACAGGCGAUUAGUCCUGGUCAUCGUGAGGGUCUUAUACCUAUAGUAAUUAGAUUACUUUAUGGUGUUAUGACUUGGAGAAAAGGCAGAAGCUCAGGAAAUCAAGGCUCAAGUGUACGCAGAAUAGCUGUGCUCACUGCACUUAGUGGUUGUCUACCACAGGAACUAUCCACACUGAUAGAUUUGAUGACGGUAUCACUUAAAGAUGCAAGACCUACUAUCACUCAAAAUAGUGUUCAAUUGAAAGAUCUUGAUACGCCACCUGCGGGUAAACGUCAAAUUGGUUACCUCAGUUUGCUCGAAGAUCUUCUUAAGUAUAUGGGCAAAUCGUUAGUGGAUUACUGGCCAACUCUUCUCGGUAUUACUGUCGAGUUGAUACAUGAUUCACAAAGACGCAUCUCAUCUAUGAAAGAUUCACAGAUGGAUGUUGAUGGAGAACCAUCCCAAGAGGAUAGUCAAGUAGCUCAGCAUACUCCACUCCGAAAUGUCAGAAUAUUAGGUUUGAAGAGACUCGGAGACUUCUUUAGAGUCCCUUCAGUAGAAUUUAAUUUUGAGCCGUAUCUUAAAUCAUCAUUCGAAUCCUUCAUUGCCCCAAGAAUUGACUUGCUUUCAAUUGAAAAUACUCAAGCACCAUCAUCUCUUUUGGAACUCUUCGCUAUUUGGUCAGAUUCACCACUUUAUUUACCAUAUUUGCAGAAGUUUGACCAAAGAUUAUUGUCAAAAGUGUUUGAAAUUAUUACUGCAAACAAUGUCAAACCGGCUGUUGUACUCAGAGUUUUCGAUAUCGUUGACAAUAUCAUCCAAGUUUCAGAGUUUGAGGAUACAAAUGACGAAACUGAUGAAAGUAUUGCCUUAAGGAAGCUCGUCAGGGAACAAGUUCUCAAACCAAACGUCCACUCCCUUUUGGUUUCGCUCUCUGACAGAUUUGAUAAGUUCAGCGUUGGCUUAAACAAGGGUAAUGCAAAUGCCAAGGAUGAUAUAGCUAAACGUCAAAUUGGCAUUCUUAGCAAUAUUUCUAAAUACAUCGAUGAUCAGUAUCAAGCUAGGAGAGUACUAGACCUUCUCCAACCUUUAUUGAGACAAUCACAUAAGGUUGUAAAUGAGAAGAUUAAAACAAAUUUGUUGUCUAUCUACAGUAAUCUCUUGAAAUUAGUACCAGAUUUUAGUGACAUAUCCUCAGAAUUCCACAUCAAGAAUUAUAACCUCUUCGUAUCACUCUUCUCACUUCUGAGAUCACGUCAAGCUAGAAAUGGUCUCAUUGAUAUCAUGGAAGUCUUCACAAGUGUCGACAAAUCUUUCAAAACUACAUACGGUAUUAUAUCUGCACUGAAUAGUUGGUCGACUAAGCGCAUCGGUGAACCAGAUUUCGACAAGCGUUUGGCUGCAUUUGGCAAAGUUGAAGAUCAAGCAUAUGACUGGAAAAAGAGAGAUUGGUUGGCAAUCCUCCACAACAUGCUUUUCUUCAUUGGUGAUCCUGAGGAAUUAUCCAUUAGAUCUUCUGCUAGCAGCGUCAUGAGAAAGUUUGUCCAGGUUGUCAGCGAAAGUCAAGAAGACGAACUCGAGGAAACGCUCCUCAGGAUGCUUUACCCAGGUUUACGUAGAAUAUUGAAAACUAAAUUUGAGUUGGUUAGAAUAGAAAUCAUCUCAGUUAUUGCCAGAGCUGUUGAGAAAUGCGAUAACAUUUCAACAUUCACUCAAAUGCGUCCAUUGUUAAUGGAUGGUGAUGAAGAGGCUAACUUCUUUAAUAAUGUUCAUCACUUCCAAGUACAUAGACGUUCUAGAGCAUUACAGCGUUUAGGUGAUUUCGCAAGUAAGGGUAUUUUACCAAAUGACGCACUUGUUAAAGUUUUCAUACCGAUUAUCGGUCAUUUCGUAUCUGGUGCUACUGAUAAGAAGGACCAUAAUCUCACAACUGAUGCUAUCAGAACACUCGGUCAAUGCUCCAGCAAGCUCGGUUGGAGCGCUUACAACAAUCUCGUUAGAUCUUACUUGAAACUCGCAAAAGCAAAAGAUAGCAACGAGAAGGUUUACAUCAGAGCUACUAUGUCGAUUUUGGAGCAUUUCCAUUUCAACAUGUCAGAAGACGUUGAGAAAGAAACUGCUGAGAAGAGUGACGAUGAGGGAGAAGAGGAGAGUGAUGAUGAGGAUCUCGCUAUACAGCAAGGUGCAAGUGCUGCUAAGGUUUCUGAGGCAGUUACGAAUCGAUUACUCCCACUCUUGCUUAAAUACUUAGAACAGAAAGAUGAAACUGAAGCAAGUAUUCGUAUCCCAAUCGCAGCUGGAUAUGUUCGUGUCGCACUCUUCUUACCUGCCGAAACUAGAGACAUGGAAGUCAACCGAUUGAUCACUGUCUUGGCUCAAGUAUUCAAGAGUAAAGACAGCGAUACGCGUGUACUAGCAAGAGAGGUAUUAUGCAAAAUCAGCACAAUUGUUGGACCUGAUUACCUACCAUCUAUCAUUACUGCCCUCAAAGAAGCACUCACGCGAGGCGCACAACUUCACGUUUUGUCGUACACCGUCCACUCUGUUAUACUACACCUAAUUGAGUCUGAGGCAGGAAAAUAUGACAACCUUGAUCUCGUUUCACAGGACGUUAUUGCUAUUAUUACUGAAACUAUCUUCGGUAGAUCAGCAAAGGAUGCUCAGAAUGAAGAAUGGAAAACACAAACGAAAGAAGUCAAAUCAGCUAAGAACAAGUCAUUGGAUACCUACCAGAUUUUAGCUAGAUUAUGUUCCCCUUCGAAGAUGCCAGUCCUACUUCUUCCGGUUAGAGAUAUGAUCACAGUCACUGAAUCAGCAAAGACAAUUCUUGCCGUUGACGAAGUUUUGCGCAGGGUUAGUUUAGGUGUCAUAUCGAACAAACAAUUCAGUCCAACGGAUAUUCUGUCAUUGUGUUAUUCGCUUAUUGCUCAAAAGAGUAAAUUUGCAACGCCGUCAGAGAAGAAAGGCAGGAAGAAGGAAAAUGUAAAAGAGGGUGCUAUUGUUCAAUUGAAGAGAGAUGUUCGUCAAGAAAAGAAUUACUUUGAGAAUAAUUCCCAUAAGUUCAUUAACCUCGGUUUGGAUCUCUUCAAUACCUCUUUCAAGCGUUCCCAAUUUGAUUUCAAGAAUACAGACCAUCUCGCAAGAAUGGAUCCAUUGGUAUCAGCUAUUGGUAAUGUUCUAUUCUCAUCAAACACUGAUACUGUUAUUCUCGGUUUGAGGUCGACUUCGAACAUUGCCAGGGCACCUUUACCAUCUAUAGAUAAAAGUUUGGGUGUUUUCGUCAAGCGUAUUUUUGCUUUAUUAGACGAUUGCGGUGGUACUCAAUCAGAGCUUGCUCAAACUACUUUACGUGCUUUAUCGGUCAUCCUUCGGGAAGUCAAAACAGCUACUAUUAAAGAGGAGCAAUUGAAGCAUCUCCUCGUUCUCAUUAAACCAGAUUUGGAGGAACACGACCGUCAACACACCUUAUUCACACUCCUCAAGUCAAUUAUUAAUAGGAAAUUGAUUGUGCCAGAGAUUUACGAAAUAAUGGAGAGAGUAUCAGAGGUUAUGGUAACCAAUCAAUCAUCUCAAGUUAGGGAAAUCUGUAGAAAUAUCUACUUACAAUUCUUACUUGAUUAUCCACAAGGAAAAGCUAGAGUCAAGAAGGUGUUUGAAUUCCUCGCGAAGAACUUAAGCUAUGUUUACGAAUCUGGUAGAUUAUCAGUCAUGGAAUUGCUUUCUGUUAUCAUUCAGAAAUUCGAUCCUGAUAACUUGAGAAACAACUCGGAUAUCGUCUUCCUUGCUUUGGUUAUGGUUUUAGCGAAUGAUGAUUCUGCAACAUGCAAAGAAAGUGCUAGUGCGAUUAUCAAAAGUAUCCUUGGAGUUUAUGAUAAGAGCGGUAGAGAUAAAGUGGCCGCGAUGAUGCAUAGCUGGGCACAUCAAGUGCAACAACCUAGCCUACAGAGAUUAUCAGCGCAAGUUAGUGGUAUUUUCGUCGAUGCUCUCGACAGUACCGUUGGAAAAGCUUAUCUUCCAGAUAUGUUAUCUGAUAUGAUGCAAUUGCUCAAAGUUGAUGAGUGGCAAGUUGUUUACCAUUCGCUUAACUCGCUCCUUAAGGUUAUCACGACUUAUCCAGAAACCGUUGGCGAGAUUGAUUGGGUAUCCAUAGUUGAAAUUCUCAAUUAUCAACAUGUUUGGGUUCGUUACCAAACUUCUAAACUCAUCAAUUCCUUGUUCACUAUCAAGAAACCAUUUACUCCUAAAUUGGGCAAAGAUGGCAUCUUAUCAUUGGAAAGUAUGGUAGAGCUAGCUAGGAAGUUCUCCUUUGAGCUUAGGUCUAAACAUUUGGAUAACGAUAUCGCGCACCAAGUUGUCAAGAAUCUCAUCUUCAUUUCAAGAUGUUUCGCAACUGUACCAAUUGAAAUAAAGAACGAAAAGAAGGAAGAGGAUGACGAGGAGAUCGCUGAGAAAGCUGCUGAGGAAGAAGAAGGUGAUGAGGAGGAAGUAUCCGCUGAAGAGAGCUGGAAACGUGAUCCAUUGGGCUGGUUAUUCAGGAAACUAUCCUAUCAAUCCAGAUUGUCAUUUUUCAAGCGUUCAUUUGAGGAUAAUAUGCAAGAAAAGAAAUUGUGGAUCAUGCAACCAACUUUCAUCUGCCAUUGGAUGGGUUACAUGGUCAACACUCUCGAUAGUGAUAGAAUUACCAUGUAUAUUUACCAACUUCUUCAUCCACUUGUUAGAAUUACAGGUGAUGAGAAUAUCAAAAAGGACAACGAGUUGGAUGAAUUGCAAAAUCUUGCUCAAGAGGUUAUGAGUAUGAUUCAGAGCAAGGUUGAUAAUACACUCUAUCUCCGUGUUUACCAGGCUAUCAAGCAACGUGUUGUUGCUGUUAGAGAUGAACGUAAAUUCGCACGUAAACAGAAUGUGAUAAAAAACCCACAACUUGCAGCUCAUCAGAAGAGUAAGAGAUCUGCAGCGAAAGUUGACUCGAAGAAGAGGAAGAAUAAGCAUUUUGCAUCACAAAAAAGGACUGUUACUUAAAGUCAAUUAAUUUAUUGUUUUUAUAUAGAUCUUAUUACAUAAGUUAUAAU